AUGUCUCCGGCCGCCCUCCACGCGCAGCUCGCCUCCAUCAUGGAGGUGCUGGCCAACACGGCGGUGGCGGAGAUCUGCGAGCUCGUGGACAGCGGCUACUCGGAGCUGCAGCUGGAGAUCUCGCGGAGCCGCAAAGAGAACGAGGUCCUGCGGAGAAAACUGCGGCUCGUGGAGCUCCGCGGCGGCGCGCGGGCGAGCGCCCUGCGCGCCGCCGCAACCGCCGCCAACGGCUCCGCGCUGCUGCUAGCCAACGGCCGCGCUCGAGCGCCACUGCCUGCUCAUCACCUAGGAAACGGGCCUAGGAGGAGCGGGACGCUCAGAGUUUUUGACUGUGCGGCGGCUGCAGGUGAGUCGGCCCCCCUGACCGUCUCAGUGAUCAAGGUGGAGGACGACCCCGAGUCCUGGUCCCAGUCUGAGCGGGGCAAAGCCCCGCCCCCUCCGACCAAACAGGAAGUAGCGGAGGAAGCCGGCGCGCCGCCUCCGCCGUGGGUGAGCGGGGACGCCCGGGAAACCCGGACCUCCUCCAGCCAGAAGCCAGAAACCAGCGGCUACGACUGUCUGAUGUACGAGACGCCGCUCCAGCAUGGCGCCCUCACUACCCAGAAUCCUUUGAGGGAGGACCCCGGCUGCUCGUACGCGGUGAACGCCGCCGCGGUCGAUUUAGGCGUCGCCGGCUUCGCUUUCCCCGUCGGCGAGGAGCCGGCUGCGGGUCUCACCACCGGCCAGCAGAGGGCGCCACCACCACCACCGCCUGCAGACGAGCCGCGGCUCCCCUCGAGGAAAGAUCCGGCGGGACGACCCUGCGCCUCCAUCAGGAGGGACGGCUGGCGUCCCCGGGACGGCUGGCGUCCCCGGGACGGCGCCGUCCACCACCUCAGCAGCGGCGGGGGGGUCGGGGGGGUCGACGCCAGGGCGUUCGUCUGCAGCUUCUGCGGGAAGAGCCUGGCGUGCCUGAAGAACCUGAAGACCCACAUGAGGGUGCACACGGGCGAGAAGCCGUUCGUCUGCGCGCUGUGCGGCAAGCGCUUCUCCGACUCCAGCAACCUGAAGCGCCACCAGAGCGUGCACACGGGCGAGAAGCGCUACGGCUGCCUGCACUGCGGCAAGCGCUCCCAGUCCGGCUCGCUGAAGGUGCACAUGAGCGUGCACACGGACUGCAAGCAGUUCAGGUGCCCCGUCUGCGGCAAGACCUUCAUCUCGGGGAGCCACCUGCGGCGCCACGUCGGCGUGCACGCCGCGGAGAGGCGGGCCGGUGACCCGGGGGCCGGGUGGGGGGGCACGAGGGCCGGGGCGGGGGGGGCGGGACCCCUAGUCUCACCCCUAGUCUCACCCCUAGUCUCACGGGAGACACACAUGUCAACAGGGGACUCACUAAUUGAUUGAUCAGUUGUCAAUUAACCCUCCGGUUGUCUUCCGGUGUUUUAAGGACGGACUUUUAUUUAUUUAGGCAGGACGCGGAUGUUCUGUCCAAGGCUCUUCACACGUUAAAUAAAUACUACUUUAACUAAAUGUAGCUGUUUUAUAUAUUUCAUUUUAUAGCAUUUAAGCGUAAAAAAGUUGAAAGAAUGUUGGAAAAAAUUGACGCCCAAAAAAAAAAAAAAAAAGCGUAAAAAA